UAUGUUCUAGUGUACUGUGUCCUGGGACUUUUUACUGUGAUUCUGUUUAGUAUGAAUAGGCUGCAUUGUUUCAUUUUUAAUUCCUUCGCUUCAGCUGACCUCCAUUGUGCAGUACCAUCGCAAGUUGUAGAUUCUUGCAGAUCAUGUGAUGUUGCAUGAUGACCCCCUUGCAGCAAUGUGACUUUUGCUUCAUGAUCUUCACAUGGUUCAUCAGGCUGAUACCAUUUGUACUGCUCUUCAUUUCGUACUGCUGCACUCAAGUGUACAUGCACAGCAGCAAAGCUACCGUCCCCAUCAGACCACUGUGUGAAAGUUGGUACACGUCAAAGAAGUACGAGAGUCUGGGAUUAAACAUCACCAGGAAAAACAAAUUGUUCCUGAAUCUGGAAGAUUUCUUCUGGAAAAAUUUUUCGUCAAGUCUGCCAUUACCUUAUGGCAUUAAAGGGAGUGAACUGCUCCUUCUGAAGGUUUUAGCUGUCAUAGCCAGUUAUGAAAUGCCACAAAGUAUUGAAAGCUUGGACUGCAGAAGGUGCGUUGUUGUUGGAAAUGGGUUCUCAAUAAAAAACACCUCUCUAGGAGGGACCAUCAACAAGUACGAUGUCGUAAUCAGAGUAAACGACGCCCCGGUGAGGGGCUAUGAGGCAGAUGUGGGCAACAAGACUACCAUGAGAUUCUUCUACCCAGAGUCGGCCUCGGUGAACCCCUACAUUCAUAAUGACCCUGACACUGUUAUGGUCUUAGUGCCUUUCAAGCAGCAGGAUCUGCGCUGGAUGAAGGAGAUCCUGUACGAUGAGAAGAGGGUAAGAAAGGGAUUUUGGAAGCCCCCUCCUCAGAUCUGGCAGGCCAAAACCAGCCAGAUCCGCAUCCUGGACCCUUUCUUCCUGCACGAAACGGAAACCAGGCUGCUUAACCUCACGGUGAACGUCAACCCAAAGAGCCGCGAGAAAUUAACCCAACCUACCACAGGGAUUUUAGCCAUUUUUGUGGCCCUUAAUUACUGCGAUGUAGUUCAUGUCGCGGGGUUUGGAUAUCCUAAGGUUUCAGAGCAGAAGCAUCCUAUCCAUUACUAUGGAUAUGACACUAUGAAGUCUAUGAAGGUGAGUGAGAGCUACUUAAGCUUAUCAAAGCUGGUUGACUACAGCUGACCAAAACAUGUUUGUUUUUAAUCAUAGUUGUAAUCACUUAAGAGUGGGGUUUCUUAGCUGUUAACCCAGGAUUUUAAUUGUCAGACUUAAAGCAAGUAAAUAACACAGGUCAUUAAUGAAGACCUAAAGGAUACUGUAUAUGCACUGAUUUAUUUGUGUUUAU